CGACGACAUCUCUCGGCCGGUUCAUUGCGAGGUCGUCCGUCGAACGUAUCGCGUCGUCCGUGCGCACGUUACCGUGGUCCGUGUCUCGUCGUCGCGUCGUCGUUCGCCGUCACGUCGCGGUUUUUUUUUUCCGUUUUCACAUUUAAUUAUUACGAUCGUCUCGUUUUGAAUUUUUUUUUUUUUCGUUUAACGAUCUCGUUUUUCACCGACGUCACACGCGCCCGACCGGCGUACGAAACGCACACGCGUUUCACACUAUAUACCUUAUAUUGUUGUACAGUUUGAUCGGAACGCGUCGUCUAUACGCGUAUCGCAGUGCCAGUGCGCGUCAGUAUCGUUUCGCGGGUUUUCCGUUUUGAAAACAUCGUAUCCGCAGCGGCCCGCACACUGCACCGCGGACGCGCGAGCGGUCGCACCGGUAGACGCAACAACACGUCGGCCGCCGGUCGAAAUUGAUUUCUCCACCCGACCGUUGUACCCGACAGCCAUCACGCUGAAUUACGGGGAGAUCGGGAGCCCGUUCGGAGGGGGCGGCGGUGGUGGCGCUAACCAGCAACAGCAACAGAGGUCCACGGGCACCCCGUCGUCGAUGGCCGGCGGUGACGCCAUGGACGCGACGGCCCUGAGCUCGGGCGGACCGGGCUCCGGCGGGGGAGGCGGCGGUGGCGCCAACGGCUCGGGCGGCGGCAACAACGCGGCCGUCGGUGGCCAAGACUCGCGCGGCGGAAGCGGAGGCGGCGGCAGCAUAACUCCGGUGCCGACGUCCAAGUCCGCGUUCAUCGAGCUCCAGCAGAACCCGUACAACGUGCGCGGCGUCUAUCACCCGCACCCGCACGCCCAUCCACACUUUGCCGCUGCGGCCGCGGCCGCGGUCAACCAGCACCACAGCAGCCCCACGCAGCACCACGGCAACGCGGCGUCGCUGCAACCGCACCACCACGACGGCGCCGGCGGGUUCGGCAGCCCCAGGGGCGCCAUGUCCGCGUACCCGUUCCCGACGAUGCACCAGAACUCGUACUCGGGCUAUCACAUCGGAUCGUACACGCCGCAGUGUCCUUCGCCGACCAAAGAAGAUAAAUGUGGUAUGGCAGAAGACGGCAGUCUCAGGGUAAACGGGAAAGGAAAGAAAAUGAGGAAGCCUAGAACCAUUUAUUCAAGCUUACAGUUGCAACAGCUCAAUAGACGUUUCCAGAGAACUCAAUACCUAGCACUACCUGAACGAGCUGAACUUGCUGCAUCCUUAGGACUUACUCAAACUCAAGUAAAAAUAUGGUUUCAAAACCGGAGAAGUAAAUACAAAAAAAUGAUGAAAGCUGCUCAGCAACAAGUGUCGACCCCGUCCAACAACAGCAGCAACAACGGCGGCGGCCCUGGCCACAUGUUGGGAGGCCCCGGCGGGGCCAAUACGCCUAGCAUACCGAACAGUCCUCCGCCGUCUGGCGGCCUUCUGGGUGGUAACGGUUCGUCGUCCGGCAGUCAGCCGAGUCCGACCGGAGGAUACAUCGGCGGCGGUGGCGGAGGCGGCAGCGGCGGCGGCGGUCACGUGGGCCCUGGCGGCAUGGGCCAGCACGUCGGCAACAGCCCGACUCCCAGCUCGACGCCGGUGUCCUGCGACAUGUCGCCCGUUCCGCCGGUCCACCACUCGUCGUCCGGCGUUUCCGGUUCGCCGCCGGGAGUCGCGUGGGACAUGAAGCCGCCCAAUCUGCAGGCGUUGGCUGGCAAUCCUCAUCACCAUUCGCAUCAUCCGACCGCUGGGUACAUGCCGCAGUACAGCUGGUACCAGGCCGACGGUCCGAACCAGGGCCUUCUAUCAGUAUGGCCGGCAGUCUAACAAAAAAUGGAAAUAAGUCGACAAUCGUAGAAAUUUUACUGUUGUGUACCUCUAUAUAUAUGUAUAUAUAUCUAUAUAUAUUGAACUCAAUUAUAAUUUAACUGGUGAUAUAUUAUAUUAUAUAUUCAGUGUUUUUAAGUUUUUUUUCUCCUUUCCGGUUUGUGCGAAACACUAUAAUAUUAUUAUUUUGUAUAUAUAUAUACAUAUAUAUAAAUAUAUGUACCUAAGCAAGACGAGUACCGUCGCGUGUUUCUCCGCAAAACCCAAAAAUUAUAUUUAACGACAAAUUAUUUUAUUUACAGUUUUAUUUCUACUGCAUAUAUAAUUAUUAUUAUUAUUUUAUUAUUAUUAUUAUUAUUAUUAUUAUUAUAUUAUUAUUAUUAUUAUUAUUAUUAUUAUUAUUAUUAUUAUAUUAUCGAUAUAUUCUUUUUGUAUAUAUUGGAUUUGUGUAUUAUUAUUAUUAUUAUUAUUAUUAUUUUCCCGAAUAUAUGUAAUAUGCAAACAAUAUAAUAAUGAACAACAUUGUGAAAAAAAAUGUAAUUACACAUUGUAUAAUGAUGUACUUUGGAACCUUCCAUAAAAUUAUAAAUGAUAUAGUUAAACUUGUAUAUAUUGGAAAAAGUGUUAUAUUGAGCAUAUGUUUAGACACUAGAAAAAAUCAUAGGUAAUAGAAUUUUUAAACAAUUA